AUGGCUCCAGAGACCCCUCCUAGCAGGGGCAUCUCCUCUCGUCUGUUGACGAUGAAAUUCAUGCAAAGAGCCGCCAACUCCGGCCCUGCGCCAGAGUCGUCCCCAGAGGAGCCCUCGUCAAAGCGCCGCAAGUUCCAGAACUCUCCUCUUUCUGGCGAUUUCCACUCCUUCGACCAGGCCGCUGUCCAGGCAGCUAUGAAGCAGCAAGAAGCUACGCGCUUGUCGGCGCUCGAGGCCUCCAGGGCCGAGCUGGCAGACACGCAUUGGGUGCUGGAUGGCGACUGGGGUAAGCCUGCCGAGGCCGAGGCGGCACCGCCAAACAUUGUAUACGUUGGCUACGCAGACAUUGAUAGUGCCGAUGGGGAGGAUGAAUCCAAGCCUGUAGCACAUGUCGGCAGGAAGAAGGUCGGAAGCAGCAAGAAGAAGGCGACAAAGACCGAGACUCAAAGCACGCCGAAUGUCGACAACGAUUCCAGUGACUCGAGCGGUCCCAGUGACUCGGACGACUCGGAGGAGUCCAGCGACGAGGAUGAUAGCGAUUCUUCCUCUGGCGACGAGGAGUCAACGCCGAAGCCUGCCAAGACCAUCAAAGGCCUAUCAUCCGGCGGCCAAGGCCGCACAAGGGUCAACCUGCAGCCCAAGAAAUUGACAGAGUCAAUGAAGGCUAGAGAGUUUCGAGAGAAGCGGAAGAAGAAAGAAGUGAAGCUGAACAAGCUGGCAUCCAUCUCCGGUGGUGCUAGUAGCAUCUCUGGAGCGGGGAAACCAAGUGUUCCCUUUAACUGUCACAACUGCGGUAAGCCAGGGCACAAGGCCGCGGAUUGCCCUGGUCAACGGAGGGGAGAUGGUCGUCGGAAGUCUGGUGGGAAAUCACGGUAA